AUGGCUGCUGACCACUCGCAAGGCUCGUAUACACGGCCUUUAGCGUUUGGCCUCUCAAUGGACCACCAGCACUCCCCAUUCAGAGAGGCUUUGAGUCUACCGCUCCACUUUGAACAGACAUACCUGGAGCCAAUGUACGCCCACAGGUACAGCGGACACUUCUCCUACCUACCCUUCCCUGGCCACUUGGCCAUGUACGACUAUUCCUUUGAGCCGGCCUUCAUCCGAAAGCGCAACGAGCGAGAGAGGCAGAGGGUGCGGUGUGUGAACGAGGGCUACGCCAGGCUCAGAGAGCACCUGCCCCAAGAGUUCGAGGAUAAAAGACUCAGCAAGGUGGAGACACUACGAGCGGCCAUCAGCUACAUCAAACACCUGCAGAACCUUCUGGAACUCCGUUUGCCUGAGGCCAUGGCGGAGCUGUCACCUGGGAGCGAGAGAGGAACUGUGGUCAGUACACAGCUUACAGAGUGCAACAGCGAUGGAGAGUCCAAACACAGUCUGAGUGACCAUGGGGAUGCAUGCUUCUGA